GGGUCUCUGCGAUAAGUAGCUUUUGUUUUAUUUUAUGAUCUGAGAGAGAUUUGGCUGCUAUUUCUAGCGCCGAGGCUCCCUCAUUGGCUCUAGUAAUAUGAAGUUAGGCGCUGCUUUGCUUGUGUGGGCAUUUAUUCAAUAUACACACAUAUAUACGCGUUCAUUGACAUCGCCUAACCAACAACAUACAGGUAUUGGUUAUCCAGAAAGAUAGACAGACGUACGUCGAGAUCCAAUGACUGUCUAAACUUUUAUACAACUACAACACCAACAACAACAUUAAAUUUCCGGUUUAUGAAACACUGAAAAAUACCAAUUAUUAAUUGUCAACCUGAAUUGUCUCUGCUGUCAGGACUUGUGAAGAGAUGAAAGACAGACCAUUCUGUUAUUGAUGUUUCAAUGGAAGGAUAAGUUAACUCCAGGUAAAACACCUUCAAUCGCCGUCCGUGACAAAGAACUACUCUCUCUCUUAUUUGGGAAAACCAGAACAAAAACAAAACCAAACAAAAGCCUCAAACAUUCUGGGAAUAUCAAACUACAAUGGCGACAUACCGUGAAGAAAUUGUGCGAGCAGAAUUGAAAACUCCACCUGCUGGGCCACCGCAAACCCAAAAGUAUCAAGUGCAAGUCCGAGCUGUAAAAAGUCAGAGCAGUGAAAGUGGAGAUGAGCACUGUACGUGUUGUCCGUAUGGAUACCACAUUGAUUUGGAUUUUCUCAAGUACUGUGAAAACAUGUCAAAUGGCAACACACUCAAACAGCUCAAGAAAAUCAAACGCAACAAAAAGAAGUUGCGUAAAUCGAUGGAAUUCAUAUUGGAUCAGGAAAGUGGGACGGCGACUGAAAACUCUGAACUUCCACCUGACAUUGUCCACUCAGCUGACGCUAGCCGCAUUUUAAAUAUAGUCGAAUAUGAAUCAUCAGCUACGCGUAACAUUCUUGAGGAAAUAGAUUCAUCAGUGAAUGCCAAGAUUAAAAUGGCUGGAAGACAGGCUUACAUGAUGCAAUCUUCCUAUGACAACAAUGAUACCAGUGAAGCACUGCAUGCUAAAUUUGGUACCUUUCCUUACAAGAAUGCUGUCCAGGAAGAAGCUUCUGUUCCCUGUACGUUGGGCCGAACUGACUCUGUGAGUUCCAUCUCAUCCCUGUCUACAGUUUCUAGUGAACAAAAUUACCCCACGACUAACACAAUGUACGAACAUUCCUCACACCACACAAAAAGUACUUUCCGAACAACCACAGUAACUUCAUCAGAAUUGGCAGCAACCAUAGCAACACAUUUUCCACAACAGAAUGGUUCUAGCCCAGCCCAUAAUUCUGUAACCUUUGACAGCCAAAAUUCGACAAUGAUUAGCAAAGCAUCUUUGGAGGCAAUCCGCGAAGCAAUGGCUGUUAGCCUCCAGCGAAUGAGAGAACUGGAAGAACAAGUGAAAGCAAUUCCAGUGCUGCAAGUUCGGAUUUCUGUCCUCAAAGAAGAAAAACGGCUCCUGAUGCUGCAGCUGAAAGCUCAGAACCACAAACUCAAUCAAAGAAGCAUUGGUGUUAGCAACAGCACAACUACUUCAGAAAAAACUGUAACAACUUCAGAAAGAACUUGUAGGACUCUAGAUGAAAUAACCAGCCGUAUUCAUGUAGAACCUCCAAAACAGAAUGAACAAAUACAACAUAAGCCAUACCCCCAACCUCAAUUUCACACAGUUCAGACUGUUGCUGUCAUUAAGACUCCCACUACUCGUUCCAUAGGAAUUGGAGACCAUUCAAUUGAGGUUCCUUAUGAUAUCCAACCUGACUUGAGUUCAGCAUAUUUCUCACAGAAAUAUCCAGAUACUCAUACUGAAACUUGGGAAAAAGAAACCAUCAUUUUGCAGCCAGUUCAUUCAGAGGUUUCCCAUACUUCUCAUGUUUCUCAAGUUUCUCAAGUUUCUCAACUUGCCCAACAUGUUUCUUCUACAUCAGCUGAACAUCUUGUUUCCCCAAGCCCAGCUGCUGUCAGAAGCCCCAAGCCAGUUACUCGAACUGUCGGUGUUGGUGAUGGAAAUGUCUACGACCAAUCUGACUCCGGUCUCCACAUUCACGAGAAAGAACUGCGCACACUUAUUAUUGGUCAGCCAUCAACUUCCCUGUCUAAACGUAAUGUUGGUGUCGAGUGCAAGGUAUCGACAAGAGAUGUUGGUAUUUCUUAUAUCUGUGAUGACUUGAAGCCUUCUAUGCGUUCAGUAGGUGUCGGUACCGAUGAUGGUAGCCUUUCAUCCACAUGGAAUAUUCAUUUCAAGAGUGAAGAAAUCACAACAGCUAUACGUCAAGUUUUGAGUAAAAACGUCCGCAGCGUAGGAGUUAGUUGUCACAUGCAUGCAUCGGGUAAAGAGGCAGGAACACAAUACAGAUGGGAAGUGAGUACUCGUAGCAUAGGUUGUGGUAGUUACAGGGUAGAUGAUGUUCCCCCUGAGCCACAGAAACAAGUUCGCACAUUUUCUGUUGCUUGUGAAGCAAAACCCACUCAGACACACCGUUCCUGUCUAACUGAAAAAGGAUGGACUAUGGAGCAAGGUACACUCACUGAUUCCCUAAAUGUGGAGCACCGAUUCACUAACACGCCCAGAGCAAUCUGUGUCAAUUCCUCGACAAUAACAGAUAAUCCAAAACUCAAGAUGAAUGGCUGUCAAACAGAUGUCAAAAUUUUCAUGGCUCUUGAACAGAUUUGCAAUCGCAGCUGUAACACAGAUAUUCCAAAUCUACGGACAGUUGGUGUCAAUACACAACGGCCUACUCUCUCGACAUCCAACUAUGAACUCGAUAUCUUCUCAAUUGAAAAUAUAAAAGAAAAAAUCGAACAUUAUCAAACGUACACCGAGAAAACUAUUUCUGGCUCCAGUGAAAGUUCUUUUUCACAAUCGAGCAAGACCACCAAGUCAGGAGACCUCUCACAGUAUGGUGAUGGUACUACCAUCCAUAAGAGACAACAGGGUGAGUUUCAAGGUCAGUCUUCACAAUCGUCAUCAUCUUUAACAUCAGCACCAUCAACGGAAUACAAUACAAUCAAAUCCUCUGUCACAUACGAGUCUUCAGGAGGACAGUCUUCUGAUGACCAGUCUUCUGGUAGACAUGGUGGUACUCAAGGUAUGACUGUGAAGCAACGGUCGGUGAAGGCUCCAGACAUGAUGUCCUCCUCAUCAAGUGUAAAAACAACUACAUAUUUUCAGUCAGAUGCUCUUGAUUCUGACUCUAAAACUUCCAAAUCUUCCACUUUAGAUGCUGAAAGAAGUGCAUUUCUGAGAAAUAUGGCUGAAAGUGCAAAAAUGUCAAUGAUGGGUCUAACAGACUCUAAAACUGAAGGUCAGACAGUUAUUUCAGGCGUCAGACACAAGCAAGCUGAUGGUGCCAAUGUAACUGUCAGCUCAAGAGUUGCUGGAAAUCAACAAGUUAGCUUGGGUACCAUUGUAGACCAACAACAUGGCAUGAGUUCCACUGGAGAUCAACGAUAUAGUUCAAGUGUCACAGGAGACCAAUGGGUUAGCUCGAGUGUUUCUGGAGAUCGAGUUAGCUCAAGUACAACUGGAGAUCACCAGUUUAUCUUGAGUUCUACAGGAGGCCAACAAAUUAGCUCAGGCUCUGUUGAAAACCAGCAAAUCAGUUCAAGAAUCACUGGAGAUCACUCGGUUAGCUCAAGCUCCAUUGGUAAUGAAUCAGUUAGUUCAAGUGUCAUGGGAGGUCAAUUGGUGUAUUCAACUGGAGCCCAGUCGGUCAGUUCAAGAGACUCUGGAGAACAUUUAGUUAGUUCAAGUGUUAUUGGCGAUUCUUCAUUCAACUCGAAUGUCAGUGAAAUUCAGGUUGUUAGCUCAAAUUUAAACAAAGAUCGAGCAGUUAGCAGCAGUUUUGAACCUUCAGCUGAAAACGUAGUUACGUUACAUGAAACUGAGCGAAGAGGGUAUAUGGGCAGUGGUGCUAAUGAAAAGACAGUGACCAGAUCAUCUGGAAGUAGUGUCUCCGAUUCGGAGGUCUGCUUUCCUCAAGAGUAUACUAUCUCUGCUCAGACCAUAAACAUACAGCAAGUUGACGCUUUAAGAUCUAAAGAUGGUAAAGGAUCACAAGAACAAGAGGUUAGGACUAUUAGUAACCGUGGUAAUGUAGACACAAUUGAAGGUAAUGCUUUGAGUGGAGGGACUCAUAUGGUGUCUGGAUCAAUGUACAGUAAGUCCUCUGGAUCGUCCUCUGGAUCGUCCUCUGGAUCAUCCUCUGAAACGAUGUUCAAAACAUUAGUGCCUUCUGAACAAGAUCAAACUAGAAAGCAAACUAAACAAUUUCACACUGCUACUCAUUCAUCAGAUGUUUAUGGACCAGGGUCAGAUUAUCGAACUGGCAUAGCUUCAUCAGGAUAUAUUUCUGGAAAAGUUCCACAUGAUGAAUUUUCUCACCAAUCGCUGGUGACAAGCAUCAGAUAUGUUUCUGAACCUGUUUCUGAAGUCUCUUCAACUGAGGUACUCUACAGAACUCCAAAAUCACCACAAAGUUCUGGCAGUGUUCACGGUCAGAAUAUCACAUAUUCUAGUUCUUCAGAAAAACCAUCCAUGGUUGCAACAGUCCACAGUGAGGGGUCUGGUUCAAUAGAUGAAAAACUUUCGAUUGAACCCAUGCUCACUGGAACUAAAAUAAUAUCAAAAGCUUCAGAAUCUCCUCAGAUUACUACCAGAGUGUACAAUGAGAAAACAACACAUAGUAGUUCUUCAGGGAGUCAUAGACUGGCAUCUGAACCUGUAGUUACUAUUACUGAAACUAUCUAUAAGUCUCCGGAAUCUUCUCAGAGUACCAGCAGAGUAUAUAGCAAGAAAACAACACCUAGUUCUUCAGGGGCACCAGUUGUAACUGAAGUGGUCCGAAGUGGUGAAGGUUACUCUACAAAUCAAAGACUGGCAUCUGAACCUGUUGUUUCUAUUACUGAAACGAUCUAUAAGUCUCCAGAAUCUUCUCAGAGUACCAGCAGAGUAUAUAACAAGAAAACAACACCUAGUUCUUCAGGGGCACCAGUUGUAACUGAAGUGGUCCGAAGUGGUGAAGGUUACUCUACAAAUCAAAGACUGGCAUCCGAACCUGUUGUUUCUAUUACUGAAACGAUCUAUAAGUCUCCAGAUUCUUCUCAGAGUGCUAGCAGCAUGUAUAGUAAGAAAAUGGUGUACAGCAGUUCUUCAGUAGGGCCAGUUGUAACUGAAGUAUUACAUAGUGGUGAGGGUGAUGCAGCCGAUCAAAGGCAUGUAUUCGAACCUAUGCUCUCUACAGCUACAAGAAUGUCUAAAGAUUCUGAUUCUUCUAAUAACAGCAAUGUUUAUACAAAAAAGACUGUUUAUACUCAUUCUUCAGGUACACCUAUUGGACAAAGAGAAUUCAAAGAUGACAAAAACAUCGAGUCUCAUCAAAUAUCUGGGUUAAGUACUUCUCUUUCAGAGAGUAGCCAUAAUAUUGAAGUAUCAAAUACAGACAGUGAUUCAGUGGCUGCAUCACUUUCCCUGUCAUCAUCAUCAUCUCAAAAAUUGGAAGACCUCAGUUCAUCUGCAGACUUCCCUGACAGUGUGUCUUCUUCUCGUAUUUGUGCAGAUAGUGUUCCAUCUUCUGUUGACAGUGCUGAUACCAGAUCAUCUUCUGGUGACUGUCCACAAAGUGUUAUGUCGUCUUCAGACUCCCUUAAGGCAGAUCUCAACCAAUUGGGUUUGGAGAUGUUCACAAACAGGCAGAGCAACAUGUUGGGUUUAGGUGCUAACAAAAUGCACACGGAAUUUUCUCAGAGUAGUGGUUGGAAUCCUGAAAAUACAACAUACUCUUUCCGAAUAACUGAGAUGGUAACUACUUCAUCCUCAGUUGGAAGUGAACCAGACUUGAGUCGAGAUGGAGGAACGAGUUUUGAAAAUAGGCAUGCUCUUUCUUACGGUAACCUCAGUGAACCUAAUAUCCAGUUGAAAUCAUGUAUAAAGAGAAGCAGUUCAGAACCUGGCGCCAAGAAAGAGAUUUCUUUUGCUGAAAGUGUACAGGGCGGAUACGAUUCAAGUAGUAGUUCUGAAGAAUCCAGUUCGGACAGCAUAGACUUGGAAGAGUCUGGCUCUUUGAGUGGAAGCAGCAGCAGUAGCAGCAGCAGCAGCUUUGAGGAGGGUUCAUAUGAUGGGAGGCAGGGAAACAUUAUUUAUAGCUGUAAAGAUGAUGAGGCAAUUGCCCGUGGUGUGCCUGGCGCGAAGAUGUUCGAUCAGAACAUUCGUGAGACAUUUGAGCUGUCAGCAGAUAUGAGGAACGCUUGUGAGAUACUCCACAUCUAUCUGGAAGAUUCCACCCGGGUACAGACUAAAGAACUUAAUUCCUGUCUUGACCAAAUACGACAGGAAUGGUUCAAAGUGUCCAGUCACAAACUGUCCAAUCCACACCAAGUUGAAGACUAUUUGUCCAGUUUCAAUGAAAUUGACAAGAAAUUACUCAGAUACAUUGUAAACCUACUUGAUUCCAAUGGGAAUUGUUCCAUCCAUUAUUCCGUAUCACAUUCCAAUUUUGAGAUUGUCAGCCUCUUGCUGGAUACAAACGUCUGUGAUGUAGACAAACAGAACAAAGCCGGCUACUCCGCGAUAAUGUUGGCCUCCCUCGCAUAUGUACAGACUGAUGCUCACCGAGACACCGUUAAGCGGCUCUUCAGAAUGGGUGAUGUCAAUGGUAGAUCGUCGCAGGCCAAACAAACUGCCCUCAUGCUGUCUGUGAGCCACGGCCGAGGUGAUAUGGUCAAGUUGCUUCUGGAAUGUGGUGCUGACAUUAACUGCCAAGAUGAAGACGGCUCCACGGCUUUGAUGUGUGCCUGCGAGCACGGACAUAUUGAGAUUGUGAAGACGCUGAUUACUGAUCUGCAAUGUGAUGCCACACUAACUGAUAAUGAUGGACAGAAUGCUUUGGCUGUUGCCAUGGAGGCUGGCUACAAAGACAUUGGUGUUAUACUUUAUGCUCAUUUGAAUUUCUCAAAACAGCCUGUGUCUCCUGGUUUACACAGGAAACGAAGGACAAGUUCAGAUUCUUCAUCAUCUGCUGCAAGCACACCUCGGUAGAAGAUCCACUCCCACCAAAUACCAGAGACGCCAGAAAUUAGAACACGCAUGCCACACACACACACACACACUCUCAUCCUGCUAUUAUUAUUAUUAUUAUUAUUUUUUUAUUAUAAUUUAUUUUAUAGUGCAUAUUAUUUUAGGUUCUGUUCUGCUUGUUUUCUUUUUUUUUAUUUCAUUUUGUCUUUCUUUCUCUUUUCAUUCUGUGGCAAUCAAUAGCAUAUAUAACCAUUGACAAAGAAGAGAUAUACUCACACAACACAUACACACGCAUACACACAGCUGUGUGUGUGUGAAUAAGAUACAUAGAUACAUACACAUAUUUUGGGUACUCACACACGCACAGGAGGCACUCAUACACACAUACUCAAGCUAGGAGUGUGCUAACCAAGAAAGAAAGACAACAAAGUCUAGCUGAAGAUAACAACAAUAAUUCUUUCUUUUUUUAUUCUUAGAGAUGAAGAAUUCUGUAUAUUAUUUACAUUAGAUAUGUGUCCUCAUCUUGUUUGUUGCUAUCACAACGUUUCAGCUGAUUUACUCUCCAGCCUUCAUCAGGUGUUCAGUUCCAUGCAGUACCUUGAAUAAAUAAUAAUAAUAAUAAUAAUAAUGACAUCAGCAAAAAAAUACCUUAGGAAUGAGAACCCAGAGUUGGGUUCGAAAUUCUACCAGGACACCUGAUGAAGGCUGGAGAGUAAACCAGUCGAAAUGUGGUAACAACAAGGUGAGGACACAUACCCGUCCAAUGUAAAUAAUGUAAAUAAUUCUUUCUACUAUAGGCAUAAGGACUGAAACUUUGGAGGAGGGUUUUGUCGGUUACAAUGACCCCAGUUCUCAGCUGGUACUUAUUGUAUCGACCUGAGAAGGAUGAAAGACAAAGUUGGCCUCAGUGGAAUUUCAACUCAAAAUGUAAUGAUGGACAAAAUGCUGCUAAGCCUAGCAGCAUUUUGUCUAGGGUGCUAACUAUUCUGCCAGUUCACUGACUUAUUUAUUAUUAUUAAUAGUAAUAAUAAUGAUGAUAAUAAUAAUAAUAAUGGAUUUGUUUAUGGGGAUCAAAUAUAUGUGCUGCAGAUUAGCUCAGUCCUUCCAUCAAAUUGGCGUUGUUUGAACAGGAGCAUAGUGUACCAUGGAUCAGGUGUUGGAGUGAUCACAGAGCAACGUGAGAUGAAGUGUUUUGCUCAAGAACACAACGCAUUACUCGGUCUAGGAAUUGAAACCACGAUGUCGUGAUCACGAAUGCAACACCCUAACCACUAGGCCAUGCACCCUAACAACAACAGCAACAACAACAUGAUGAUGAUAAUUGCUUGUGAAUUUAGGUACAAGACUAAUAAAUUUGAAUGGUGGAGGGUUAGUCAAUAUAAUUGAUCCUGGUAUUUGGUGUUUAAUUUUAUCAACCCUGAGUGAUGAAAGGCACAGUUGACCUUGAAGGGGAUUUGAGCUCAGAAUGUAAAAGGCUGGAAGAAAUACAACUAGGUAUUUUUCCUCAUGCUAUAAUGAUUCUGCUAAUCUAAGACACAAGAAUUUCGAUGGAUGAUGGGUAGAUGUGACGUAACUUUCCUCCUUCUGCAGUAUUUGACUGGCAUCUUAUUUAGUCGACCCUGGAAGGAUGAAAGGCAAAAUUAUUUGGCUAACAUAGGGUUUGAACUCAGAUUACAAAAGGACAUCACUAAACACUUGAUUUAUCCACUGCCUUCUUGAUUGAUUUUUGUCUUCUCUAUCAUCAUCCCAUUUCUACCGCCACCACCAGUCAUCAUCAUCAUCAUCACUGACAUUGGCACCUCCACUACAUCCAACAUCAGUAGCACAUCAUUACCAUGAGUUCUGCAUAUACCAUGACCAUCAUCAUCAUAAUCAAAACCAUUUUCAAUACUAUUCAAAUACUAUCCUCCAAUUGCCUUUUGAUAUUGCCCCUCAUACUUUCAUAUCUAUUUAUCUAUCUAUCUAUCUUUCUCUAUCUCUCUCUAUCAUCAUUGUAUCCAGCUCUUAUAGUCUUCCUACCAGAUUCCAUUAUUAGCUCUCUCAACCACCAUGAAUGCUGUAACAAACCCAUGACCACAACUUUUGAAAGACCAGAGGAACGAAAAGUAACGAUUGAUGAUAGGCUAUAAGAUGCUGUUUCAAAUAGUCAUUGUUGAACCCAUGGGGGGGGGGAGGCACCCAGAUAUUAAAUAUAUGGACUAGGGUCAGCUUUGUGUCUAUUUUAAAAAUCAAUAUUACACUCUGAAUUAAGGGCAAGUAUUUUUACGUGAGUAUUUUAAUAUAGGGCAGAUCUUUCAUUGGUUUGGUUAGAGUACAUUGGAAAUGAGAGCAUGCAAGUCUCGGCAGCAAAGGAAAAGGGAGAUAGUGGCAUGUAACAUGUAUGAAAAAAUUGUGGCACUAUACCUCUCUGCUUGUCAAUUACUUCUCUCAAAAAUACUGCCCUUAGUAAACAAGUGUUUAAUUUCCCCAAACUGCUGUUUUUAUUCUGGGAUGUAUUUUUUGUGAGAUUAACACAGAAACCAUGACAUUAUUUAACCACCUGUUGUCUCACUGAUGCCUGUUGUAUCCAUUUUACAUUUGAAAAUAAAUGACUAAUUAUAAUUGCAAUAAUGAUGAUGUUGCCAAAAUGUAAUGGCAACCAUAGAUUUCAUGCCAAAGUCUGAAGAUUCAUGAUUUUUUCUCGGAAUAUAUACGGCAGUGAUUUUUUUUUCUGGUGCCUUCUUCCACUUUAUGUGUAGUUUACCCUGUUAAUCUCCAAUUUUUCCAAAUUUCUCCUUGAAGCACAGAACCUAUUUAAUUCUUAGACGGGAGGGAUUGGUUUACAUGACAUCUGGGCGUGUCCACACUCUGGUGAGGCUGAAAGGCACAAGACUUAGUCAGCCCUCCUGCCAGUUCUCUAUACUUUAACCAGAAGGUAAUUUUCUUCCACCUGAGAGUAGUGAGUGACUUAAGGGGCAACUCAUAUUAUCCAAAACUUCUGAGGACCCAACUGGAGCUCUCAUCACAAUAUACAGUUUAAUGUCUUACCCAGAAUGUUUAUGAUGAUUAGGAAAUUAUUAUAGCAGAAUUGUUAGGACAUUGGACAAAAUGUUUUGUGGUAAUCAGUUAUGGCCUUUUACAAUCUAAGUUCAAAUCCUGCUUAAGUCAGUAUGAGCUUUCAUAUUUCAGUGGGCAGUAACAAUAAAUAGCAGCCAAAUAGUGGGGUUGAUAUAAUCGUCUGUUCCCAUCAAAUAUGUGGUCUUGUGCCUGUUAGAAAUUAUUAAAGUAACAAGCUGGUUGAAUUGUUAGUGCAUUUGAGAAAAUGGUUCAUGGUGUCUCUCCUGGCUUUUUAUGUUGUGAGUUCAAAUAUCACCAAGUCAACUUUGCAUUUCAUCUUUUCGAGUCAAUAAAAAGUACCAGUGAAAUGCUGGGGUUGAUGUGCUCAACUUUUCAGAAACUAUUGGCUCUGUGUCAGUAUCUGAAACUAUUAUUACUAUUAUUAAUGCGGUGAGCUGGCAGAAUCAUUAGCACACUGGACAAAAUGCUUAGCAGUAUUUCAUCCAUUGCUAUGUUCCGGGUUCAAAUUCCGCUGAGGUCAACCUUGCCUUUCAUCCUUUCAGGGUUGAUAAAUUAAGUACCAGUGAAACAUAAUUAAGCAUCAGUGAAAUGAUGAUGAUGUAAUUGGUGGUUGUUUAUGUUGGGGUUCCAGUGCAUUGCUUUGCCUGAGGGUCUAUAUUGAUGUCAGGAAGGGCCCUGCCUUCCCCUCUCUUUCUAUUGGUGUGUCUGUAUAUAUUUAUAUAUUGCAGAUGUGUGGUCUUGUGUGUGAAUAUAGCUUUGUAUGUAUGGGUCUGUGAAUAUGUAUAUAUACAUACACACACACACACACACAUAUACUCAUAUAUAAGUGAAUAGGUAUAACUUUGUUGUUACCUAAAAGUUCACAGUGAGCUAGAAACUGAGUAAGCACCAUUGUACAAAUAUAUGUGUGUAUGUUUGGUGCCUGUUGUCAUUUUUGUGCCAGAGUUUUAUGCUGGUGUCCUGGAAUUUUGGACAGAAAUAUCUUCAGCAGACUCUUGUACCUUUAGUUGAGCGAGAAAGCAAAAGACAAGCUAUAUAUAUAUAUAUAUAUAUAUAUAU